AUGGGGCUGAGCCCGGGGCUCCUGCUCAUCGGCGGCUCCUUCGCGGCGUUCCGGCUGCUGAACCGCGGGCUGGAGCGGCUGGUGCCUCCGCCGCGCCCCGCGCUCCGCAACCGCUGGAAGUGGCGAAACAUCUGGACCUCGUUCGCGCACAGCCUGCUGAGCGGCGCCGGGGCGCUGCUGGGGUUCUGUCUCCACCCGCAGAUGGCGGAGGACCUGAUCAGAACUCACUCCCCGGCUGCACACAGUGUUGUCUCAAUAUCUAUAGGAUAUUUUCUCCAAGAUUUUGUGGAUAUGUUGUGUAAUCAGAAGCUUCACCAGUCCUGGGAGCUGCUUUUCCAUCACUCGGUGGUGAUUAUCUGCUUUAGCUUGACAGUGCUGGUUCAUCAAUAUAUUGGAUUUGCUCUUGUGGCUUUGCUUGUAGAGAUUAACUCCAUCUUCCUGCACCUGCGACAGAUUCUGCUAAUGGCCAACCUGAUGCACACCACCUGUUACCGCCUCAACAGCAUCAUAAAUCUGGGCACCUACAUAGUGUUUCGCAUCACUACACUGGCCUGGAUGACACGCUGGCUGGUUCUAAACCGUGAGAACAUACCGCUGGCAACAUAUACUGUGGGCACAGUGGGCAUGGCCAUCAUGACACCCAUGAACAUCAUCCUCUUCUACCGCUUACUGCGCAGUGACUUCCUCAAGUCCAGCCGGGAGGCGUGGCGGGAGAAGGAGAAAUAGUCCUGCCCCCAUUGCCCUGCAGGCUGUCCAGGAAAUCAGCAGCCCAGGGGUCAGACAGGAGGGACUGCAGCCAGCGGAGAGUAAGCACUGAUGUGUUCAGGAGUGCGUCAGUAUCUUGUUUGAAGGAAUGGAGGACAAUUACAGUCCUCUCAAGAUGAGAUUCCUUGGCUUUUCUGGGGGCUGCAGUUGCUUUAUAACACCACCUGACAGCUGUGGGGAGACCGAGUGGACAUGGCAGGGAAGGAAGGCCUUUUCAGGCCAGAAUUCAGGGCUUUGUUCCCCCCCCCCCCCCGCACCCUCUGCUGGGAUGAUCGGUUGAGGAGUGGCUGCUUGAGGGAGCUCUGAAGAGGAUUCUGCAGCAGCAUGGGGCGUGGCCUAGAUAAGGAGAGGAUUGUCCUUCCCACAGUACUGAGGUGUGAACUUAGAAAAUCAUCUUAGCUUUUUGAAACACCCUGUCUCUGUGUAGCUGGUCUGGAAAUCCUCAGGGCCCUCCAGGUACCUGCAUGGUCUAUGUCACCAUAAUUCAUAACAGUUGAAAGUAUCAAAACAAUUUCUCCCAAGCCCCACGCUGUGUGUGAAAUCUCACUGAGGGAGUGCUAAGCUGAAUGUCUACAAUUUGCAUUUGUCUCCUAACCUGUGAGGGUUGUGGUCUCCUCUCUUGCAGGCCUGAGUGGCACAGUCCGAUUCCAGCCCUUGUGAUAGUUCUUUUCGGCACUUAUGAGCCCCCUCUUAGGGACUGAGGUUAAUUGUCCCAGAGGAACAUAGUUGUGAUGGAAGGUCGUGGUAAUGGGGUAAUGAACUCUUGGGUAGGUUGAGCCAAUCCAUGGGGGGGUUGAGCCAAUCCAUGGGGGGGGGGUCAGGACAGAAAGCUUUAAUUGGACGUUUUUCGGAAGGGAGCUAGUGCAGAGCAAAGGGGUGAGGUUGCGGGAGCUCUGUCAGGAUUUGCAGUUUCAUUCAUAGAUGUAAUAAGUUUCAGUAACUGAGUCUGAAUCACUGACCUGGUCUGUGUCUCUGAGGAUGGUGUGGAAUCUUCUGACCAGCUGCAGAGGGGAAGUGGAUGUCUUGCAGAUGUGGCUCCCCACUUCACUUCAUCUAAAAGGAGUAAAGAGUCCAUCAGGCUCUGGAGGCUGUGAACCCACUUAAUAAUCUGUGGGCAGAUGUCUGCGCCCUUCUGGGCUCCUAUCUUGGAGCAGCCUUUGCCAUGAGGACAAGGACAGGAGGAAAGUGAGCAAAAGAAGUGAUUUGGACUUCUUGAACCUCAGAGAAAAGUUGGUGUGGUAUGGACUCCAUACUGUGGAGUUGUCAUGAACCCCUCCCAGCCCUAGCAUUCCGCCCCACAUGCUCCUGCCAUGCUUGCUUUGACUGACUUUGAGUUGUGGGGGAGGGGAGGGGAGGGAGGUGGAGUCUGGCAGGACUCUAAAGUUUUUCCUGUUUAAGUUUUUAAACCCUUUUUACAUCCUUGUUCAUCAGACUCUCAGGUGACACAGCAGCCCUCUGGUCAGCCUCCCAGACUCCAGUAAAAUCUUGACAGGGCUUGAUGUCCCCUGGGGCAGAAAUCCAUUCCCCCUGGGUCCCAAGUGUGGCAGUGGUUUUCUGUCUCUGUAGUUUUCUGACCAAACCCCGUCUGACCAAGCCCCUGUAUAAAGGGGGGAGUUCUCCAGCCCAGGCUCGUGUACCAGCUCUGAGAAUCUGUUAGGCUCAGCAGCAGUCCUGGUUUGGAUGGGCUCACAACCAUUCUCCUUUCAGCUGAAAUCCCUAGUUUGGUUUUGAUGCUGCAGGGGGACAAGUCUGAAACAACUGGCUAAGAAAUGCUGAGAUUGAGAUGCCCAUCAUCUAGGAAGGCGUGUGGAAUUUCAGCAGGUUAAAAGGCAGCAAAUUCUGGGGAAUCCAGGUAUAUUCCUCUCCAUGGUGGGGAGAAGACAAACUGUGUGGGAGCAGCCAGCAGUUGGGCGCUGGGGUGUAGCCAGACCUGCAUAUGUUUCCAUUUGUUCUGCAGGCUGGAAAGUGCAGCAAAGCCUUCAGGCAAGAAUCUGGAGGUUAGGGUUUUGAUUUGUCACCAGCAGGAAAACUGCGCAGCAGAUAGUCUUACCCCACUGGGCAUGUGAGCCUGUGGCACUUGGUGUCAUCAUGAAAGUCCUAUGUUGUGUCCAGUUCCCAUUUACAGCACCCCUGGCAGAGAUGGCAACCAGCCCUUUCUCCUUGGGUUAGCCAUAUCUGUGUCUAGUUCUGUACAGCAAGUGAACUGUGCUCUAGCUGCUGAGUGAUUGAGUUGAAUUACCAUAGCACUUAGGAGCCCCAGUCGUGGAGCAGGACCUCACCGUGCUAGGUGCUGUGCAAACACAGAACAAAAAGAGGUGCUUACCCCAGAGAGGUUCCAAUCUAAGUACCAGCGAAGACUGAAUUAGCCUUUGCGUUCUGUCUGAGCAUGCUGCUCAGAUGCAGAGCCACCGGUUUAGAUGGGCCUAUAUCCUGGAUUUAGUUCUGUUCUAAACUGUAUUUUGUUGCCCUUCAGGGCAGCGUGCUGCCUCUUUUCUCCUCCAGUCUGACUUCCCCACUUCUCUCCCAAGUCCUUCAUGACAACACCUCAGGCCAGUGGCCUGACACAGAUGAUCGUUCCUUCCUGGGCGCCUGCAGAUCAGUGCUCUUCUGAAUGAUCCUUCAUCAUGUCCUCCCCUUCCCCUAUGGCAGAGCUGCUCAGAGGUUUUUGCUUGGCCCUGUAACCUGGCUUUCUGUAUUUCACAGUUGUAAUCACUCCAAAGACUGCCAUCAUUGGCAACUGAGAAUCAUUUGCUAUCCUGCUGUCCUGCCACAUCUUCCUUCAAUAUGGCUUCCUUUCUUCUGCAUGUAGCUCAAGUGUCAUCACUGCCCAUCUCCUGCUUAAAUAUCUGCUCUCCUUCCUCACCCCCACCCCCCCUGCCGCUGUGCCCUUUUGACUAAUCUAAUCACUCCCUUUCUCUCCAUCCCUUUCCCCAACCAUGGGUUGAACUGGGCCAGUUCAUCAAGCUGAUGUGUUGUUUGUGAAUAUGAACUGAAUGUAGUGAUGUCUGAGUCUGCAGGCAGUCUGGAACAGCACGUCAGAGAGGUGUGAAGUGUCUUCUUUUUUGGUGCUGUUUUAGCUCUAAAACUGAGCAAUAAUUUAAAUGCCAAAACGUAACUAUUUAAUUUCUGAUCAGCACAUGUAAGAAAGGAGGAGGAUUGUCACGGUAUGAAGAUCUGUACAAUCUGUUGUGAGUGAUAGCUUAUCUUGGUUUCACAUGAGGGAGCUUGGGACGUGCCUAGAGCUGAGAGACUGCAACCCCUUGUUUUUUGUAUCAGAUCUCUGGAGCCACCAAGCUGUAAAGCAGUACUGAGCCCAGCAGAGCAUGUAUAAUCACUUCCAAUGUCUAUGCAGUCUGGGCGUGAUCUCAGUUUGGUCCCCAAGUGGGUGACACUUGGAAGGAAACAAUGAAACUCUUCCCCAAUUCAGCCCUUGCUCUUGACUGUGCCUUUCAUACUAUCUCACAUGCCUGCCUUCAGUCCUUACAAUCCUGUUAUGUGAUGCAUUCUACCCACUUAUUAGUCUUUCUAUAGUCAUUUGUUCUGUAUUCUCCCAAUCUCUGCAGAAUGUAAUUUUGUUGAGUUGGAUACUUGUUUGUUACCUCCCUUUAAUCAUGUGGUAUUGUUUAUUCACAACAUUCUGUGCUCUGGCUAGAUCCCUGUAUAGACUAAAGGGAUCCCAACAUCUCCCCUGGCAGAGCAUCCAGGAUUUCUCUAGGGUACCUCAAAUGUAAGGACACAUGGAAUCAGGAAGUCUCUGUGACCCUCUGAUGGACACUGGGGAAACCAGAUACUGUGAUAUUUUGAGAGAUUCAUCUAAUAAGUACCCACAGAUCACCUACAGUGGGAAUGCUAAGGAGUGGGUGAUGUGAUGGAUUUUCAGUUUUGUAUGUGGCCAGUUGCUACCUACAAGCAGACUCUGAUGCUGUUCGGUCCUGCUCCAAGUUGACAGUCCCGGGAUGAAGAGCUGCAGGGAUGGGGACUCCUGGUCCCAGUGAGAAGGAUAACAGUGCAUUGGGACCUGUAAGAACCAGGUUUGGGAUUGUGACGAUUGCCAGCUCUAGAGGGGGAGUAGGGGCCAGCCUUGCUUUCACUGCCUCAUCCCUUCUGAUUCAUUGAGAAACACUGGCUUCACACGUGCUUCCAAGGUUCCUCUGUUGUACUGUAUGUUAAAGACUGACGUCCUGAUCUGGUGAGAUGCCGAAUGACCUGAAUUCCCAUUCCCUUGAGCACCUUCCUAAUGUGCUCAGCACCUUGUGUGCUGAGGACCUGCUGCUAAGAAGGUUGUCACAGUGUUCUGUGGGCUUAAGAAAUAUUAAUCUUAUUUGUCUUUUGUAACAGGCCAUGGGCGUGGCAAG